ACUUAAUCCGUCAACCCGCCCCCGAUCUAUCUUCUUACACCUCUUUGGUGCUCUCAGAGUCCACACGUCACAAAAAGAUUCACAUGCAACACUCAACGUCUGCCGCCCCCUUCGGCAAUCUCCUCCACCACCACUCAGAUCCUCAUACCCGCGAUCCUACUACUUCUACCUCUCACCACCCGUCGCACCCUUCGUCUGAUCAUCAAUCUCCACUUCCAUCCAACAAUCAGAACAUGGCCACGGCCACUGUGAGUCUCAUGGCUCCCAUGCUUCAGGCUGCUCAGAACACCCAAGACGACAACCGUCAGGACCUUCCUCGACCAUACAAAUGCCCGCUGUGCGAUAAGGCCUUCCACCGCCUAGAACACCAAACCAGACACAUUCGCACUCAUACUGGGGAGAAGCCACAUGCAUGCCAGUUUCCCGGAUGCACCAAGCGCUUCAGCAGGUCGGACGAACUUACCCGUCACUCGAGAAUUCACAACAAUCCGAACUCCAGAAGAGGCAAUAAGCAACACCAGGCUGCCCAGGCAGCAGCAGCAGCAGCAGCCGCCAAUACUGGGAUCAUGGAUAAUGGCUUUGGUAGUCAGGCACACAUGAUGCCACCGCCCAAAUCGAUUUCACGUUCGGCACCGAACUCGAACUUGGCAUCGCCCAACGUCUCCCCACCGCACUCGUUCCAAAGUUAUACCUCGAUGCCAGCCGGUCUGGCCGGACUAUCACAAUUCAGACAGGCUGGUGCCAGCAGUCACAUCAACAUACUGGCGGAUGCCGCCUCCAGAGUCGAGCGUGAGAACUACCAACAUGGCCCUCAGCCAAACCGACACCUCAACACCCAUCCACAUCAAUAUCAUCCUUAUGGUGGCUCGUCCCAUAGCAGCAGUCCUCGUCUGCCUGGUCUGCAAGCAUAUGCCUACUCAUCACACUCUCAGCCCAUGUCUCGUUCUCAUUCGCAUGAAGACGACGAUCCAUAUGCCCACCGAAUGACCAAGAAGUCGAGGCCUGGUUCUCCUCUCUCCACCGCACCUCCAUCUCCAACCUUCUCUCACGAUUCCUACUCGCCUACGCCAGACCAUACGCCUCUUGCAACACCAGCGCACUCACCUCGCAUUCGACCUUACCAGAUGCAUGAUGUACAAUUACCCCAUCUCCGCAAGCUUACACUCCAUAACCACACCCCAGCACUCGCACCUAUGGAGCCGUCUACGCACACGGAGCAGCCAUACGUCCCUGUGCAAAGCUCUGGACUUCGCAUCAACGACAUCAUCUCGAGAAGUGACGGAGCGCAACGAAAGCUGCCCGUACCGCAAAUGCCUAAAGUGGCUAUUCACGACAUCCUGAAUGGGCCUAGCGUCGCUUCUGGCAACUCUUCUACUACUGGCUCAAUGGCCGGUAACGACCUCUAGGAUCGCUAUUAAAGAGGUCCUCUCCAGUAACGAUUCUCUUGACUACGAAACGGCCGCCCUUGGGACUCAAUAUAGACGGAGCGCAUAACCCCAUAAAUCAGUUUAAUCACCAACUCGACCCUUGUAUCACUCACCCCUCUCAUGAUCCUUUUUUUCCACUCAACCCCAUAGAUCUGCUGUUGUUGCUAUUUUCACUUUUCCAUACCCAUCCCCGCUUUUUACCCUGGGUCGCGUAUGAACGCAGAGCCUAGUCUUGUUAAGUUCUCGGCAGAGUUUCGGCGCACAUUCGGGCGCAGCACACAAGCAUAUGUCACGCUGCAGAUACUGGGAUGGCUAGCAUUGAAUGUUUCAGGACAAAUACGCAAGUGGCAAUGGCGUUCGCGAUAGACAUUGGUAUCGAGGUAUGGCGUUAUCAAACAGUUGCAAUUCCGCGAGCAAGCAAGCACAGUCUAGCACUAGCAACCCUAUAAUUUACAAAGCACAUGCACACACACAC